AUGAAGUCCUGGAUAUCUGUUUUUCAACAACCCUUGCUUUUCUGUACCGCUGUCUGUGGGAUCUCUAGCCGACAGGAUUCCAUAGUGAAUGUGCAGCUAUCCGCUCCGGGGGUUACCUAUGAACUUGGCAAUGUCACAUUCUUUGCCAACGUCCAACAUCCCAAGGCAAUCUUUAACUUGGACUACACCAAUUCUUCCAGACUUGUCGCAGCGACAGUCAUACUGGUGAACCAGAGUGUGGUCACCGGCAGCUAUCUGAAGUCUACCCUUUCCCGCUACUUGACCGAAGAUGAUGUUUUCUCACUUGACUUCCUGUACGCAAUCUAUCUCACAUCCACUGUCUCAAAGUCCAGAUUGGACUCGACGGCAGAAAAAUAUCUCAGCAGCCUAGGCGUGAGUUGUCUUUUAUUCAAUGCCACCUCUUUUGAGAGUAUCCCGAGCAAGGGACAUGCGUUGAAGGACGACCACGCCACAUCCCUACCACCAGGCCCGUUUACCAUUCUCGUCAACAAUGGGUCCAUCUCUUUUCUUGACACCUACCGCCUGUAUAUUGACAGCUUUCGCACCUUUAUUACCGGUGCAUAUCCCUCCAACGACGGCAUUGAUUCGUUUGCUACGCUACCUGCAAUGAAUCCACGGCCCGGGGGACCACUGAUCCCCGUCCCUAGUCGAAUCCAUUCAUGGAAUGACAAUCGACCCCUGGCAGGUAAACGGGUCUCUGUAAAAGACCUUUUUGACGUCAAAGGUCUACAAACCUCAGCUGGAAGCCAGGCGUGGAUCCAGGUCACUCCGAUUGCCAAUUCGACUGCUCCUGCCAUUCUACGACUGAUCGAUCUUGGCGCCGUGAUAGUGGGCAAGUUCAAGUUAGCCCAAUUUGCGUCGGGUGCAGAUCCAUGGAACUGGACUGAUGAACAGGCCCCCUUUAACCCCCGGGGUGACGGGUACCUGACCUGCUCAGCCUCGUCCUCUGGAGGGGGAUGCGGAAUCGCUGCGUACGAUUGGCUUGACGCGGCGAUUGGGACAGAUACUGGUUCGUCGAUGCGUCGUCCUGCUUCAGUAUCGGGGACUUUUGGCAACCGUCCUAGCCAGGGUAUGAUAUCCCUGGAGGGUGCUGUUCCCUUGAAUGCAGGGGAGGAUACUGUCGGGGUCUUCUCGCGCGAUCCUGUUGAGUGGGCCGAGUUCGCCAAAGCCUGGUAUACCCCAAGUCUGCAUGAAGAUCCCUCGAUUAAUGGUCUUCCCUCUCUAUCGGUACCGGACACAACAGCCUUCCCGAAGCGGAUCUUAUAUCCAGUGGAGUAUCUCCCUCUGGCCAAUCCCGCAGCGCAGGCCAUCCUCGACGGAUUCCUUCACGGCAUGACAAGGGUAUUUAACAUGAGGAUCGAGCGCACGAACUUCACCGCGACAGCGAGCAAUGCAUCCAUUUUCCCAGAGGUCCACGGGGAUGCAUUGGUCAACUGGAAUCUUCUAUACGAGGCCGCAGCGACGCUACAGCUGUGGACCCAGUCCACCAAGGUCUAUGGACCCCUUAUCUCGACCUGGGCUACGAGGAAUGAAGGUCGAUUCCCUCCUGUCGAUGCGCAGUGGAGGGAGGCGUGGAUUAGGUAUGAUGUCAGUCAUAUCACCCAGGCAAUCUACGAGCAGGCCUUGCGCACAAAAGCUGCAGCAUUCAACUGGUUCCAGGAUGAAGUCUUGUACCAGACCUCCGACUCAUGCUCCGAGGCUGUGAUGAUCUGCGACGGAGGCACCGGAGGCUUGCCGAGUUUCCGUGAGCAGGAUUUGAACAACAGCCCAAAUGCCAGCUUCAUGAAUGUGUUUCCAGAGCACGCAGACAUCUCAUGCAGCGGCAUCUGUACUUUAUUUGGGUGUGUGGAUUUUACCAUUCCUCUCGGACAGGUAGACUACUACUCGCCAGUGACCAUGGUGACAGAGCAGUGGCCGGUGACGAUCAAUAUCAUUGCUCGCCGGGGAUGUGAUUUUAUGCUCUUCAAUAUGAUCAAAAAGCUGGCAGAAGAAGGAGUGCUGAGAUCUGUCAAGACUGGGAGGACGGCUUUCUAG